AUGGCCGGGGAGUUGAGAGAUGUCGCCGACCAACUGGCCGCAGCAGACAACGUUCGAGUGGUAAUAUUGACCGGCACUGGACGGCGGGCCUUCUGCGCGGGAGCCGAUCUCACGGAAUUUGGGUCGGCUCCGUCUCUGGUGGUUGCACGACAGGUCAGAUGGCAGAGGGAUGUCUGGAGCCAGAUGAUCGGGAUAGACAAACCGGUUAUUGCCGCGGUUCACGGCUAUUGCAUCGGUUCGGGGUUGGAAAUAGCCUUGCUGUGCGACAUUCGAAUCGCAGCAGAAGAUACCGUGUUUGCGAUGCCUGAGGUCGGGCUAGGCAUGAUUCCUGCCGCCGGGGGCACUCAGACGUUGCCACGCAACUCUCGUCCCUCGCAGGCCCUUGACCUUCUGCUGACGGGUCGACGUUUCAGCGCCGAAGAAGCGCUGAAAAUGGGGCUGGUAACCCGGAUUUCACCCGCUAAUCGCCUGCGGGAAGACGCCUUGGAGGUGGCCUGCCAGCUUGGAGAUGUCGACCCUGGCACCAUUUCGAACCUCAAGCGCGCACUUCGAGAGGGAUGCGACAUGCCGCUGAAUGACGGGUUGGAAUUGGAAACCCGCCUCGUAAUACUGUCGUCAUCUAAUUAG